GAGAAAAAUGUAAUUUCCUCUUCCCAUAGAUAAGCACCGUCAUACAUUCCUUUUUCUCUUCUUCAAAUCACAACUUCUCAUUAGGGUUUCAAAUUCUCCGAUCAAAUCACGGCGUAACUAGGGCUCCACCUCUCUACAAUCAACCAUGUACAACGGAAUCGGAUUGCAAACCGCUCGCGGUUCCGGCACCAACGGCUACAUACAGAGCAACAAGUUCUUCGUGAAGCCGAAAACCAACAGAGUUUCCACCGGAAACAACGGCGGUUACGAGGCUGGUCAGGGAAUCGCCGGCGUUUCUAGAAAACCUAACAAAGAUAUCCUUGAGCACGAUCGUAAGCGCCAGAUCCAGCUUAAACUUGUUGUUUUGGAAGAUAAGCUCGUAGAUCAAGGAUAUACGGAUGAUGAGAUUGCUGAAAAGUUGAGUGAAGCUCGUAGGACUUUGGAGGCUGCUAUGGCGGCGGAGGAUGCCGGUGGAGCUACUGCAGUGGUGAUUAGUUCUGAUCAUAAGGUUUCAGAUACGCAGUCUCAUCAAGUUGCAGCACGUAAACAGAAGCAAAUGGAAACUUUAAAAAACGCUCUUGGAAUAGUUCACGAAGAAGACAUAAAGAAGGAUGUACCUGCUUCUGAUGAUGAAAAAGCUGAUCCUGUGGUUGAUGGUAAACAUGAAAAAGAUACCAAAGUGGGUAAAGAUGCGCUUGAUGAACUUAAAAACUACAAGAAAAAAACAAGCAAAAGAAGAGUCGCUUCUUCAGAUAGCGAGAGUGACAGUGAUACCGGUACCGAUAGUGAUAGAAGUAGUGAAAGUGGCUCUGAAUCUGACUCGGAUGUUGAUUUAAGAAAAAGUAGCCGAAAAUCAUCAAGAAAGCACAACGAAGGUAAUAAAAGACAUGAAAGUGACGAUUCUGAUUAUGAAAAGAAACGUGUUGGAAAUGUGAAAAAGAGAUACGAGUCAGACACUGACAAGCGCCCUAACCUCAAAACUUUAAAGGGGAAGAAACCUCCAUCCACCAGAAGCAGGCGGCAUGAUUCAGAUGAUGAUGAUGAUGAUUCGGAUGAGGACAAGUAUGAAAGAAAACAGAAGAGAAUGGAAAGUAAAGUAGAAAAACGUAUUUCCAGCUCAAACGUCUACGAUAGAGGCAUUAAUGAUAGGUGGGAUGGAGGCAGUAGCAAGCAUGACGUAACAAGUCCCGAUUACAGAGAAACAAGACGUGAGAACGAGAGAGGCGGAAGAAGGAGACAUGGUACUGACGAUGAGGAAUCUGAUAAAGACGUACGUCAAAAGAAAGUGGAAGUUGAAAGGGGUGGAAGAAGAAAACACGAUGUUGAGCGUGAAGAAUAUAGAAAAGACGUAAGAUCUAGAAAGGAUGUGAGAACAAGUGAAAAAAGGAGGCAUGAUGGCGAUGACGAAGAAUCCGAUAAAGAAAUACAUCAAAAGAAAACGGAAGUUGAAAGGGGUGGAAGAAGGGGGCUUGGUGUUGACCGUGAGGAAUAUAAAAAAGACGUAAGAUCCAUCAAAGACAUGAGCUCAGGUGAAAAGAGGAGGCAUGAUAGCGAUGAUGAAGAAUCUGAUAAAGAUAUGUAUCGAAAGAAAGUAGAAGUUGAAAGGGUUGGAAGAAGGGGGCAUGGUGUUGAACGUGAAGAUGAUAAAGAAGACUUAAGAUUUAAAAAGGACAUGAGAACAGGUGAAAAAAGGAGGCAUGAUAGCGAUGAUGAAGAAUCUGAUAAAGACGUACGUCAAAAGAAAGUGGAAGUUGAAAGGGGUGGAAGAAGGGUACUUGAUGUUGACUGUGAAGAAUAUAGAAAAGACGUAAGAUCUAAAGAGGACAUCAGGACAGGUGAAAAAAGAAGGCAUGAUAGCGACGAUGACAUAAAUGUCAGGCACAAAAAAGAGAGAGUUGAUAGGAGUGAUGAUCAUGAACGAAUGAUGAAGCCACUGGCUAGAAAUGAACAGAAGCACCAACGUAAGACUAGUGAUGACGAAGAUGAAAAACCUUCACAAGGAAGAAAAGACACUGGGGAUGAAGAACAUCGUCGCGAUAGAAAGCAUAGAAGAAGCGAAGAAGAUGACAGAUACAAAAGGCACGAAAAAGAUAGGGGAGAGCGUGGAAGCAGAGAUGACAGUGAGAGGGAUAGACACUUGAAGAGAAGCAGAUAUGAUAGUGACAGGAGGUAUGACGCUGGACGUUCAAGGCACUGAUUCUACGACAAUUGUGAUUCUCGCUGCUUGUGGUUCCAGCUAUAGAGUCGGUAAGCUCAAAUGAUGGUUGCCCAGGUGUUAUAAACCGUAUGUGUUCUUCAGCACUCAAGGUUUGUGAUCAUUCGGUUUAUGUUAUAUCUUUUAAUUUGUAGUAUUACUCUCUGUGCACUUGAUGCAUGUAAUCAAAUAUGUUAUGAUGCACUUGGUUUGGAAUAUUUUUUUUGUAUGAGAUUCCAUGUGUUUGUUUAAAAAUGGUGAUGAUAGAUGGUAGUUUGAUUUUUA